AUGGACGAUCAAGACGACAACCAGCCUUCUCAGGACAGCGUCCUGACAGCCAUCGACGACAACCGCACUGAGAUCAUUUAUUUCGCCUAUGGCUCCAACCUCUGCUCGCAUCAAAUGCUCCAGCGCUGCCCCAACUCCAUGCCCAUCGGUCUGGGCCAUCUGCCAGGCUACAAGUGGAUCAUCAAUGAAAGGGGGUACGCCAACAUUGUCAGCGCAGACGUGCCUCCUCCCUCCUCGAAAGGCCCAGCUGAUCCCGUUGUCUCUUCGAAAGGAGGCGUCUAUGGGCUUCUCUACUUGCUGCCACCACAGGAUGAGGAUGAACUGGACUUUUACGAGGGCGUGCCGUGGGCGUACGGCAAGGUGCAUGUCGCCGUGCAGCGUAUGACGGACGAAGAAGGGCGUAAAAUGGAGGCACCGCAGGAUCUGGCGGCGCUGGCGUAUAUUGAUGCGCAGCGCGUGGUUGGCGAUGUGCCCAACCAGGAGUACAUUCGGAGAAUGGAGCGGGGGAUCAAACAGGCUGUCGAGGAGUGGGGGAUGGACGAGACGUACGCGGAGGGCAUGCGCGACUGGUUGGGGACUAUUUCAGUGCUUGAAGGCAAGAAGCUUCGUGUUGCGAAUGAAUGA